GCGCUUCCGUCGCGGCCCCUCCCCCCUCCUCGCUCUCGGUUCCAUUCUCUCCCUCGCGCGCCACAGAGCAGCGGCUGCGUGAGCUCCGUCCCCGCGCAGCUCCCCUUGGCGCGAGCGCCGUUUGCAGCGGGGAGUCUUCGCGAGAGGUCCCCGCAGCCCCGGGCCCGCCGAGCGGACGGAUCUGCGCAGCCGAGGGCAGGGUGCCGCAUCCCGGGCGGCGAGAUGAGCAUCGAGAUCCCGCCGGGGCUGACGGAGCUGCUGCAGGGCUACACGGUGGAGGUGUUGCGGCACCGGCCGCCGGAUCUACUGAACUUCGCCGCAGAGUACUUCGGCCGCCUGAGAGAUGCCCGAGACCAGGAGCUGCGGGAGGCGACCCGGGGCAAAGCGGUCGUCUUCGAUGGGGAGCCCAUGCAGACGGAGUCCAACGGCGAGGAGGAGCGGAGGGACGCCGUCGACGAGGAGUCCGACUCCGACUUUGAGCCUCCUGUUGCUAACAGAUACAACAGAAGAGUAUCAGUCUGUGCAGAAGCAUUUAACCCAGACGAAGAAGAUGAUGAAGCAGAACCAAGGGUCGUUCAUCCCAAAACAGAUGAGCAGAGGUGCAGAUUGCAGGAAGCGUGUAAAGACAUCCUCCUUUUCAAAAACCUAGACCAGGAGCAAUUGUCACAGGUUCUCGAUGCCAUGUUUGAAAGGAAAGUGCAGCCUCAGGAACAUGUAAUUGACCAAGGUGACGAUGGAGACAACUUUUAUGUUGUUGAACGGGGAUUGUAUGAUAUCUUUGUAGCACGAGAUGGCCAGUCCCGUUGUGUUGGCCGCUAUGAUAACCGUGGCAGCUUUGGAGAGCUGGCCUUGAUGUACAACACUCCCAGAGCUGCAACAAUUGUUGCUACAACAGAAGGAGCCCUUUGGGGACUGGAUCGGGUGACGUUCAGAAGAAUUAUACUGAAAAACAAUGCAAAGAAAAGGAAGACAUAUGAACUAUUUAUUGAAUCAGUGCCACUUCUUAAGUCGCUGGAGCCUUCAGAACGCAUGAAGAUUGCUGAUGUAAUAGGGGAGAAGCACUAUCAAGAUGGGGAGCGCAUCAUUUCUCAGGGUGAUAAGGCAGACAGCUUUUACAUUGUAGAAUCUGGGGAAGUAAAAAUCUUGAUUAAAAGCAAGACUGUCACAAAUAAGGAUUCAAACCAGGAGGUGGAGAUUGCUCGGUGUCAAAAAGGACAGUAUUUUGGAGAGCUUGCGCUUGUUACCAACAAACCGAGAGCCGCCUCUGCAUACGCUGUUGGGGAGGUCAAAUGUUUAGUUAUGGAUAUACAAGCAUUCGAGAGGUUACUUGGGCCCUGUAUGGACAUUAUGAAGAGGAAUAUAACACAUUACGAGGAGCAGCUGGUGGCACUGUUUGGUUCUAACUUGGACCUGACCGAUCCAGGCAAUUAGGCACAGAAUUUCCUUAGUGCCUUCUCAGUUCAAGACACAGAGGAGCCUCCUGUUAGCAACACCACACAAAUGAAAAAAAAUGGACACUACGGGACAGUGGCUGUUGGUGUCUUCUUGGGCAUUUUUUAAAAAGAAACCUACGUAGAUCUCAGCACAGCUAGAUUGGUCAAGGCUCUCUCCAGACCUCUGCUUUGCUGCUGAAAUUUCCUUAUUAGACCUAGCUUACUGCUGAGUUUCUUAAUCCUCCAUUCACUUUGCUUGGUUCAGAAUGGCAUGUCUCUCCAACAAUUUAAGUGCCUGAUACAAAGAUGUGGAGCCCUUUCUGUUAUUCUUGCUUUAGAAAAAAAAAACGAGAAAAAAAACACAUGACAAAAACGUUUGCGAGUGAUUGGGGGGCGGGGGGGGGGGGGUAGGAGGUCGCUCUUCCUUGCCUCAGGGACAGCCACCUCCUUACAGUAUCUUAUUUUCAGUGCUCUCUUUUCCCUCAUAAUACCACAAAUGUCAUUUAGUGGUGAUGCCCUUGAAUUUGAAACUCUCCAUGAGGAUGAAAAUGGGCCAGAACUAAGGGGUCUUCUAGGUCUGAGCUGUUGUGCCACCUGCAGGAUAUGGCAAGUACCUCAGCUCCUAGGGUUUAAGAACGCGAGGGCCACCUAGUCGAUAAGAAGCAAUGAAACAAAAUACUAAAUCGUAUCUGUUAACAGCCAGCAGUUUUUUUUUUAAAACAUAUGUAUUUUUAAGGCUUUGUGGAACUUUAGCUGUAGUCUGAAGGAUCCAGCGGCCACAAGAAUGUUGCAUCUGUGUUGUCCCCCCUAAGCUUUGUCUGUUUCUGAAACUGAAUUGAUUUUGUGAUUCUCAUGAAAAACAGCAGCACCAUGACCCAAAUUUCUGUUCGUGGAGAUUCUUUGUACUCCUGGAUUUCACAUGCCACUGCCCUGGGCAGAAUCAAUUUUAAUGCUGUUUUUUAAAAUAGGAGUUUGAUUUUUGAGGGGGUGGGGGUUAAUUUAAACAAUAUUUCAUAGUAAGGGGAGCUCCCUUCAGCAGCAAUGUUUUACAGUAUUCUUCAGUGUGAUUAGAUAUACAUUUUCCAAUUGCCAAAUCUAUUUACUAAAUCUUUUGAGAAUUAUCAACAUUUUACUUCAGAAGUGGAUGAUUUUUUUUAAAAAAAAAAAAUCUUAAAAUGAAAAAAAUUGCAUUUACUCUUUGAGCCAUUGAUAUGUGGUUGGAAGAUUAUUUGAGUUAAGAUUCAGCUAAUGACAUUUCUCUUCAAGAAAGCCCAAACCAGCUAAAUAGCAACAUUUUUAAACGUAGGCAUCUGUUUCUGUGCCAAGGCUUUCCAAAAGUAACAUCUUGAUUCAGUUUUAUCUGAGUAUUAAGAACUGGACCUUAAAAUGGGUCUCUGAAGCGUUUAAAAGCAACUAUUUUAAGAUAUCGAACCAGUAAACAGUAAUGUCAAUAGAUCUUUUCAUUAUCUGUUUUUCGUAGCAAGUUAUAAAUAUUUCAGAGAUAGAAUUAUAAUAAUUGUGGGUUUCUGAUUGAUAGAAUAAACCAACAGUUACUAAUCAUGGCUCUGAAAUAAUCCCACUGUCUGGAAUUCAUCUUUCCUGUCAGUGCCACAGAUAACCUGUGAGUUCUGUCCUAGCCAGCAUUGAUUUUCUAAGCUACUAUGAUUUUUGUUCCUAUACUGGUAACUUAUGAUAUAAUUUUAAUGUUAUGUUAAAUCAGGGAAUGAUACUAUACUAGUUUGAAGAUAAAAGGCCUUUUUUUUGUAUCCAAUACCUUUGGGAAAGAUACUGAAUCCUUGGUGACCGUCUCAUGUUUGUUUUUUCUAAUGCCUCUGUUUACUAGAGAUGUGCUUGCUUGCCGACUCAAAAGCCAGAAGCAAAUACACUUCUUUCGUCCUAAUAUUUUUGCACCAAAGAUAUUGUUUUUAAUUGUAGGGUCCUUUCUUUGCGUAUUAUUUCUUCUAGGUUUUGAAUUUAGUGAAAAAGGGUCAGGAACAUUGUGAAGCAGAUAUUGGGGCGUCCAAGCCAAUCCUGAGUAUUAAUUAAAACUUUUUGCAAUUUUUCAACUGAGUCAAACUCAUGCCCUUGACAGAGAGCUUUUGAGCCAUUGUAGGGUCUCUCUUCUCAUUAAGGCAUCCCACUGGCCUGGAGGCUUUUUGGGUGCUAGCUCAACACCACUUGGCUUUUGUAGUGCAUAGGCUACACAUUUGCGUCUUUUGCACCUGGUCGAAGUCCAAGGACGCGGGCCGUGGUUCUCUCUGAUGGAACUGCAGAAGAGAAACAAAAGCCUGAUAGAGCGAGGGGCCGAUGUGGAAGAAGCUAUGCACAGGAGUGAAAAACCAGAGUGAAGCUUAAAUUGGGCUGUGAUGGUUGUUCCUAAUCCAUACAUUUCCUGGGGGUGGGAGAAAUAACAUCAAGACUACAGGUAGCACUGAGUUGCACAACCCUAAAUUGGGCUCGUUAUUCCUAUCUGUGUACAAUCUUUUUUAGCUACACACAUGCAGGUUACGUUGCAUAAAUCCCCUUCUCAGGAGCACAAUGAGAGAAUUCCACAUGAAGAAUCAAUAAGAGUGAGACCCUCCUACCCUUCUGGGGAGGGGGGGUGUCUUUCAGAUUCAAACGCCAGUUCAGUUUGUGGGUGUGCAGAUUGCCCCGGUGCUGAGAAGAGGGUGGCAUCAUGUUUUUACAAAUGAGCUGUUUGGGAUUGAUCUGAAUGGCAACAAUUUGGGGUUUGUAAGUGAUCUAUCCUGCAAUAUUUUUUUGCUUCAAGUGCAUUCUCCCAGCUUGUGUCUGGCAGUGUUGCUAGGAGUUAUCUUCCUCCAUCUUUGGAUCACUGCUUCUCUUUGAUCACAUUAACCUUUUUUUUUUGACUUUAGUGCUUGAUCUUUCUCACACACCUUGUGUUUUCUGUUUAUAUUCUGCAUUCGAAAGGAGGAGGGGUGGAGAAGAAGUCGGCCAAUGCAUUGCGCAAGACCACUGGUGAUGUCUAGCUUUAAUAAGAGAACUCAGCAGCAAAGUGGCUAACAAGAGCGGUGUCCUCUGAGAGUCUGUUUCUUUAAAAAAAAACUUUUUGCUAGUCAUUUUUGAAGUCACCGGGAGAAGAUCAGUGUUCUGACAUUACGAUAUUUCUAGUCAUGUCACAGCAGAAGUUUUUGCAAUGUAUUAAAACGAAGGUCCUUGUCUUUAAAAACCAUCAGCAAGAGAGUGCAGAUCGGCGCAACGAAAAAGGCAACCCCUUUGUUAUUUUUUUUCCUCUUCAGAUGCUCUGGGCAUGUCUUUGUAAACCAGUCUUGCCAAAAAUACACCUUUUCUCUGGUAUUUCCCCCCCACUCCAGUCAUCAUCUGCUAUUUGACUAUUACUGGUGUUUUCUGUCUCUCUAGUUUCUCCAGCUGCAUUUUAUUGGGGGGGGGGGGGCUUUUGUUUGGUUUCUCCAUGGCCAACACUGUCCCACAUCUCCUAGGGCAGUGAUGGUGAACCUUUGGCAUUCCAGAUGUUAUGGACUACAGUUCCCAUCAGCACCUGCCAGCCUGGGUGGCAGGGGCUGAUGGGAAUUGUAGUCCAUAACAUCUGGAGUGCCAAAGGUUCGCCACCACGGUCCUAGGAGCAUGGCGCACAUAUUUGCUGCGCCUCCCUACACACUGCCAAUGCUUUCCUCCAGCCUCAAAAAAGUCGUUUUGGUUGUGCAAAAAAAUGCUACCUCAAGGCUCCGAGUGCUUUAAAUGUGUCUUGCCUGUGAGAGUUUUCCACACAUUUCUUCUGAUAAAACCGGUCUGUUGCAUUGAAUGUUUGGAAUGUCCUUUUUUAAAUCUAUUGCUGGGUGUGUGUGUUGUUUUUAAGUCAUCUUUACAAUUGGUAUUUGAUUUCUUAAAACUGUGUGAAGGUCAGUUCUUGCACUAAUAGAGUGUUGCACAAGACGAGGAGUGAACAUCUACCAUAUAAAGAUACCAAUCUCAUUCUGAUCUGGGCUUUGAGAUCAUUUCCCACUAAUAAAAGCUGACCUGCCUUGUCCAGCCGUCCUAAUUA